AGGGAACUAAUAGAUGUUAUGCGAAAGUAUUGUUUUUUUUAAUGGGAUUUAUUUCAUGGAACAAUGAGAGAGGUACCAACGUAAAAAACUAAAAUGAUACCUUUUUUUUCUUCAAUCAGAUAUCAUUUCAGUUUCUUUUCCGAAUAAUACAAUUUUUGGGUUUAUAAUGGGCCUGCAUACAUUCAUCACUAAUUCGCUAUCGAAUUUUUUUUUCUUUGGAAACAAACAUGUGAAUCUUCUUCUUAAUAUCUCAGGCAGAGAUCGUAUAGAUCCUACUUUUAAGCAAUCCAUAGCAGCCUUACAAGUAAAGCACUAUUCUCACCAACAUAUUAAAAGGACAUCAGUUUUCAGUUUUAAUCAACUACAACUAAGUUUCUGAAUCCGCAAUUAGAGAUAUUUGGCGCGUAAAUGUUUCCAAGGAUCUUUUGUUAACGGUCACAUAAAACCAUACAAUUAAGAACUUUUUGUAACCUUAUUUGGACCACCAACUAUGGUAACUGAGGCCCACAAGGAACUCCAUCAAGACAAAUGUCAAUGUCAAAACGACAUUAAUUUAUAACCCCAUUUGCGAAUCUAGUGAGAAAGAAAUAUCGGCAGAAGGAGAGAAUUGUGAAGCCAUGGACCACAAAGACUAUAGCCGACAAAAUGAGCAGAGGAGACUCUUAUUGUCUAAAGAAGAAGAGAGGAUCCGCGAUGAGCUUGAAAUGGAAAUCGAAAGAAAUUUGGAAGGGGAAUUCAAGGACGGGAUCUACAAUCUCGCACUCAAGUUGCGCCGACUGUAUGAACAAAGACGGGAAAGAGAAGAGUUGUUCGAUGUUUCAAUGAGAAAGAGCAAGAGAGUAUUGGAGGUGAACAUAAGUAUAAAGAUGGAAGGAGAUACCAAGAUUGAGAUCACAGAGAGGAAGAAGGAGGUAGACAACGAAAAGACGAAAAAGGCAGAGAAUUCGGAUAAGAGAAAGAAGUUUAUACCAGCUGGCGAAGAUAAAACAGGAAAGGAAAAGAUGAAGAAUCAAACCAGGGCUCAUGAACUCAGAUGGAAAUGGUAAAGAGAUUGAUUAGCCUGUAUAUGUGCCUAUUUGCUGGUAUCUACCUAUGUUUGAACCUUUUUUUCCUGCAAAUCCUAUUUAAACACAAUGAAAUAAGAGUUAUGCUUGCUUAUCA